GCCGAGUGGGCGGAACAUCCUGGUAGUCUCGCAGUUAGCGGCAGCUCAGCAGCUCCUGCUGCCGCACGUCGUCAAACUCUGCCAGGGUACUUCUCAGCUGGUCGCCCGGGGGGCUUCAGUGCGGUUUAUGGUUCUGUUAUGGACUUAGUGGACAAAAUGGACGAGAAUGAGUGGAACUAUCACGGCGAGGGGAACAAAAGCCUCGUAGUUUCACACGUACAGAUGUCCAGGGUUCUACGCCUCCUCAAGUACUCGUCAGAAGAUGCUGAGAAUGCCCCACAGACUACAGAGGAAACGUUCAGGCAGAUGGAGAACAUCGUCGACUUCAGUAACAACGUGAUGAGUCCUCUACUGGGAGACAAGUUCGUCCACAGUGGAGAAGUUGUCAAACUGCCACUGGAGUUUGUCAGACAGCUGUCUAUCAAGGUUCAACACCACAGACCAGCCUGGAGGUGUGAUAAGGUGAUGGAUAUCUACAGCGGUGCUGCCCUCUGUCUGCCCAACCUGACCACCCCCUCCAUACCGACGCACAACCCCCCGCUCUGCGUGGAGAUAAAGCCCAAGUGUGGUUUUCUCCCGUCGCCAGAACACGUCAGUAAGGACAUCAAGACCAAAGUCUGUCGCCACUGUAUGCACCAACGCUACAAGGUGGCAAGCGGAAAGUGGAAGAGGAAAAGUCUGUAUUGCCCCCUGGACCUUUUCUCAGGGAACAGACAGAGGAUGUAUUUUGCCAUCAAACACCUGAUCGAAGAGCCUCAGAACAACUUUAAGAUCUUCAAGGGAGGGAAGUGUAUCCAUGGCGACCGGGAUGAGAUGCUGUCGGUCAGCUCCCUGCUGCAGAAGCUCCGGCCGUACUUCAGCUGUGGAAACGGACGCAACAAGACGGUGCUGCAUGACUUCAUCCAGGUGUUGGUGGACAGUCUGCUGAGUAGUGAUGAAGAGGGUGAUGAAGGUGUGGAGCGCAGGCUGGAGGGGAGGAUGGUGUGCGAGGCCAGCCUCUGCUCUACCGAGUUCCUCCGCACAGACCCCCAGCCCCUUCCCAGAGACAGUGUGCUUGGUAGGAUCCUUCAGGUCCAGCUGCUGGACUCUCUGGACAUCGAGGGGCUGCUCCCCCUCUACCGCAGGGUGGAGCAGUACCUGCACCACUUCCCCAAGGAGAGGAGCCGCCUGCAGAUCGACGGGCCGUAUGACAAGGCCUUCCUGGAGAAGCUACAGAAGUGCCCGGCUGAGGACGACGGGUCCAUAGAAUACGCUGUCGCCAAGGUGCAGCAGUACCGCGUUGCCAUGACGGCCAAGGACUGCUCCAUCAUGGUGACCCUGGUCCCCCGUCGCGACGAGGAGGACGGGAGCGAACGCAGCGCGGCCUUCUCGUUCUCCGCCUCCAUCCUGGACCUGGACCCCAAGCCCCAGGACGGGGUGCGGCGCCAGCAGCGUCUGGACCACCGCGUGGUCUCGGCCUACCUGAGGGACGACCCGGGGCCCAGCCCGCCGCUCUACCCAGAAUGCACCCUGCUCAUUCACCCCGUAUGAAGGCUGGGAGGCGCCUGGACGCCAUAGCGACGGCCGCGGGUGCGACCGGUCGCUUGCUGGCUGUUUUGAUAUCGGAUGUUGCUAGGCAACGGAGCAGCGAGGUCGCGACCCCGCGGCAGGUACUAUUUUAUCGGGAAUAAAGCGGACUAGUUUCCUGAGAUGGUUGUCAUGGCGACUCCCUUCGGCCUUAUCGGACGGCUCCCUUUCCGCCGUCUCCAUGACAACGAUGCGGCAGGAUAAAAAAACACGAGUGACGUGGGUGUGGUUCUGCCGUCUCCAUGACAACGCUGCUGAAGGAGGAAAACAGGAGUGACACGUGUGUGUGUGUGUGUGUGUGUGUGUGGUGGGUCUGACGUCUCCAUGACGAGCCUGCUGAAGGAUGAGAACAGGUGAUUGACGUGUCGGGGUCUGCCGUCUCCAUGACGACGCUGCUGAAGGAU